UCUGACUUCUUGCAGUGCACCUACAUCACGAUUGAGCAAGUCGAAAAGACCCACGCCGUGGUCCUGAGCCGCCCCGCGUGGCUCUGGGGUGCAGAGAUGGGGGCCAACGAGCACGGUGUGUGCAUCGGGAACGAGGCGGUGUGGGGUAGAGAGGAGAUCGGUGACGACGAAGCUCUCCUCGGCAUGGACCUCGUAAGGCUUGGACUCGAGAGAGCGGACACAGCUGAAAAGGCUCUUACUGUCAUAGUCGAUUUGCUUGAAAAAUAUGGACAGGGAGGAAACUGUAUGGAGAGCCAGAUGGUAUUUACAUACCAUAACAGUUUUCUGAUAGCUGACAGAAAGGAAGCAUGGGUGCUGGAGACAUCAGGAAAAUACUGGGCAGCAGAAAAAAUAGAAGGAGGUGUACGGAAUAUUUCCAACCAGCUCUCUAUCACAACCAAGAUUGACAGAGCACACCCAGAAUUGAAGGAAUAUGCCAAAAGCAAGGGCUGGUGGGAUGGGGAAAAGGAAUUUGAUUUCGCUGCCACGUAUUCUUAUGUAAAUACUGCCAGAAUGACCACAUCCAGAGGCCGAUAUUGUGAAGGCUAUAAACUUCUGAACAAACACAAAGGAUCUAUCACUUCUGAAAUAAUGAUGGAAAUUCUUCGUGACAAAGAAAGUGGCAUUAACAUGGAAGGUGGAUUUAUGACAACUGGAAGCAUGGUCUCUGUAUUGCCUCAGCAGCCUAAUCUGCCGUGUAUUCACUUCUUCACUGGAACUCCAGAUCCUGCAAGGUCUAUAUUUAAGCCUUUCAUUUUUGUGCCCAAUAUUACUCAGUUAUUAAAAACUAGCUCCCCUACAUUUGGUCACGAUGAUCCAGUUAAGAAGCAACCACGUUUUCAGAAUAAGCCAGAUCGAAGACAUGAGCUCUAUAAAAAACAUGAAAGUGCUGCUGUAGUUAUGGAAACUAUCGAGGGCCAAGGUAAAGAGAUGCUGAAAGAGAUACAGGAGUUGGAGAAACAGAAGAUCAGCGAAAUGGAAUCAGUCCUGCAGAACGGUUGUCUUGACAUUAACCAUGUGGUUAACCUUUUUUCAAAGUGUGUAGAAGAAGAACUCAAAAUAUAUAGCUAAAAUUCCUAUUUGAAUGUGGUAAAAUUCAGUUUUAUGAUCAACUUUUCUAAUGAAGUGGCGAUAUAGAUUACACCUUAUUUUCAAUAUACCGGUUAGUAUGGACAGUUUUAAAGAUGCGGAUUCAUAUUCAGGCCCAAGAACUUUUGCUUGUACGAAGCAACGCUGAAAAGGCUUUUAAAAGCUAGGUAGUGGCUUUGCACGUGGCAUAAAGCUGUCAUCAGAGAUUGAUUUUUGUCAACAAACAUGCAAUUAGAAUGUAAUAGUUUGAGUAAACUGUAGAACAACCCCAU